AUGACUUUGACGAUGGGCGUGGCAUCUGAUCGUGACGCUGGACUGCUGGCUGCGAAACUGACGGAAACUAUCAUCGUUUUCUGCAAUAUCAUGGACAUGCCUUUGUUAUCUCCCGAGAUCAGAUAUCUGCAGACAACCAAAUUGCUACCCUCAGAGAGGCCUCUCAGUGCAACCCCAACAAAUGAACAGUUCAUGGUUGCUAGCAUUAGCCCGAUUGAAAUGGAAUGGGCGCUUGAGAGUGCGUGGAGUGACACCUUUAAUUGCAGCCUUAGCCCUAAGAUGAAAGCUGGCGAGACAAUUUUUGAUCUUGGUGGUGACUUGGUGAGCGCUAGUCUGAUAUCAGCUCACAUGGAGAGGCAAGGAUAUGUCCUUAGUGUUGAUUCAAAUGGUACCUAA